UAUCUCGCACGCGCACAACACACACCCUGAGGAUCCUCCGCCUCGAGCCGCCGUAAGCUCCGUCGCCAUGGCCGUACAUCUCCGUCAAGCGUUCUGUACGGCUCAGCUUCCUCUUCCUGCAUCUUCUUCGUCUUCGUUGUCUUCCCCUUCUUCUUCUUCGUCGUUUCGUUCUGUCUUCUUCAAGCUCCGAGCUCCACGCGCCGCCUCCGCUCUGCGAGCCACGCGCCGUUCUGUAAGUGCAGCUGCGUAUUCAGCCAUCGAUUCGUCUCCGUCGUCGGCUUCGUCGGUAGACGGUCGGGAUGAAGUGGGUAAGAGGCCUUUGCUCGAAGUUAGGGAUUUGAGAGCUGUGAUUGUAGAAUCGAGGCAGGAGAUUCUCAAGGGCGUGGAUUUGGUGGUUUACGAGGGAGAGAUUCAUGCAGUGAUGGGGAAGAAUGGCUCGGGGAAGAGCACAUUUUCGAAGGUUCUUGUUGGCCAUCCAGAUUACGAAGUAACGGGAGGCAGUAUUGUGUUUAAAGGCCAGAAUCUGCUAGACAUGGAACCAGAGGAAAGAUCUCUUGCUGGCCUCUUUAUGAGUUUCCAAUCCCCGAUUGAGAUCCCAGGAGUUAGCAAUAUGAAUUUCUUGAAUAUGGCAUAUAAUGCUCGGAGAAGAAAGCUUGGUGAGCCAGAGCUUGGAUCAAUUGAGUUCUUUGCCGUUGUAUAUCCAAAGCUCGAAAUGAUGAAUAUGGAUCGUAAAUACCUCGACAGAAAUGUUAAUGAAGGAUUUAGUGGUGGUGAAAGGAAACGCAACGAGAUCCUACAGUUAGCAGUCCUUGGAGCUGAGUUGGCUAUACUGGAUGAGAUCGACUCUGGGUUGGAUGUCGAUGCUCUUCAAGACGUGGCAAAAGCAGUGAACGGGCUUUUGACCCCCGAGAAUUCCGUUCUGAUGAUAACCCACUAUCAGCGUCUACUGGAAUACAUCAGACCGACUUUCAUUCACAUCAUGGAAAAUGGAAGAAUCAUAAAAACAGGGGACAUCUCGUUGGCCAAAGUACUGGAGAAGGAAGGCUACAAAGCUAUAUCUGCUCCUUAAUUGAAGAAGAACACCACCGGUAUUCUUUCUUCUUCCAUCUUCCAGGCCAAAGACAUGAACCCUUCAGAUUGUAACUGAAAUCAGAUUUCUUCAAAGAUAUUGCUGCUGCUCUUUGUGAAACUUGUGCCAUUUUUCCAUUUUUGAUUUUUGUAUUUAUCAAUAUUUUUAAAUCGGACCUCUCCUCUCCUCUUUACAUUAUCAAUAAAAGAAGUCUGUUUCCUUGUGUA